AUGGCAGCCGCCCCUGGCAGACCAAAUGUUGCCGGGCCUGUCCGUGUCUUCGUCCGGCUGCGGCCGCCUGCGGAGAGGCAGACGAUCGAGAUGUUCGAGAUCAGCCCCGAACGACAAGGUGUUGUUACCAUCAAGGACCCAUUGUCAUCUGGCCGACGGGAGCACAGCUUCGAGUUCAACAUGGUCUUCAACGAAGAGACAUCGCAAGAUCAGCUGUUUAUGCCGGUGGCGGGAAGUGGCUGUGUCAUCGCCUACGGUCAGACUGGCUCGGGCAAGACCUACUCCAUCUUUGGCGAGGAUGAAAGCCCGACUGAGAGGGGCCUCCUCCCGCGAGCCAUGGAACGGCUGCUGCAUGGAUGCGCACAGAAGGCAAGCAGAGAUGGAGAGGAGUUGGACGGCAUCACAGUAAGCUUCCUGGAAGUCUACAUGGACCAGGUUCGGGAUCUCGGCUUCGGGAGCAGCAUGGAAGAUCAGGCAACUGAAGAUGCAACGCCCCGUAGAUCUUCGAGUGGUGGCCUUGCCAAAGAUGAUGGAGGAGAGCCGGCAGUGCAGAGACGGCCCAAGCUGAGACGCUUCGCCACGCAAGGCUCAAUCGCCGACAGAGACCAAGGGGGACAGAAUUUGGUGUUGCGAGAAACUCCGGAUGGCUCGAUCCAGGUCCAGGGACUUGCGCAGCUCAAAGUGCGAGACUUGGCCGACGUUUCACGCAUCGUGCGUGCUGGUCUAGCUCGUCGGGCGACAGCCUUGACGGAGUCCAACGUGCGCUCUUCGCGCUCGCAUACGGUCUUUACCGUGCAGCUACCCGUCACUACAGCGGACGGUGUGCCGACACAACUGAGCUUCGUGGAUUUGGCAGGUUCCGAGCGAUUGGCGAAAUCCAAGGCGGAAGGUCAGCAGUUCCAGGAAGCCAUGGCCAUCAACACUUCGCUCACGGCUUUGGGGAAGGUAGUCCUCGCCCUGGCGUCCGAUCCAAAGGUAGUGAGACACGUGCCAUACCGGGACUCCAAGCUUACCCGGAUUUUGUCUACGUCCCUCCGCACCCAGGUGUCGAUUCUUGCGACGAUUCAUCCUCGCGUGGAGGACUACGAGGAGUCGUUGAACACCCUCUCCUUUGCCGAUCGCUGCAAGAAUGUGGCGAGGCAGCCGCAAGUCAAGUACGUGACGGCUUCCGGCACCCAGAAGGCCAAGAUUGCGGACCUGCAGCGCCAGGUUGCUGAUCUGAAGGAGAAGCUACGCGAGGUCCACGCAAGCCGAAAAGCUGCGAAGACUGACGAUGUGGAUGAUGCCAUUGCGCAGGCUUUGGCGCUGGCGGCGGCGCCCAGCGCCGGGGGCAUGCGAACGGAGUCGAUGGCGACAGACGUCUCGGCCAGCGGCGGUGGCGAUGGUGCCCGACGAGCAGCCGACAAUCCGCAGCUCAACAUGCUGAUGAAGCUCCAGGACCAGCGCAAGCAACAAGGACAAGCAAUCCAGAAGUGCCACGCAAAGUUGGAGGAGCUGUCGAAGAAAAAGCAGGAACUUCUGCAGUCAGAUCCCCGUGACACUGAGGUCAUUAACCUGGAAAACCGCAGGAAUGAGAUGAAGCUGGAGCUCACGAAGUUGCAGGAGAAGAUGGACGAGUUCGUGAAGGAGAAGGCCAAGAACUUCCCAGAACAGCUGGAUCGCAUCCUGAAUUCCAGUGAUCUCGACGACGGCAACAUCAUCUUCAAAGGCCACGACGCUCUGGUGCAGGGCCAGGCGAUUGCUCCUCGAAUCGCCAAUGCGCUGGAGGAUGGCCAGAAGGACAUUGAAGACCAGGGCAAAGAGGGCUUGCAGGACCUGGUGAAGCGGCAGACGGAGGAGCUGAAGGAGGCGAAGGACGGCCUGACGGCUACGCUGAAGACCAAGUGCGAGACGAACCUGAACCUCAUUGAGGAGUACGAGAGCAUUCGACUCGCGGAGGAAGCUGGGCUCAAGGCGGCUCAGGACGAGCUGGACAGCCUCUAUUCUUUGGUCUUUCGCCUUGUGAACCUGAUUUCUGACACGGAGGAGGGUGCCUAUCCGGUGAUGAGGUGCAGAAGGGAAGCAAUCCAGGGGAUUCUGGAACAGGCAACGCCAUCUCUGAUUCUUUGA